AUGUUUAAGGACUUAAUACCAAUCGAUCAGAAGAAAACAAAAAGAAAUUUGGAAUUUAAAUUCGUUUCGUGGUUUGAUUCUUCGUCUAAAUGCAUCAUGAGUCAUAUUCAAAUGUUUUAUAAUUUAAUGAUUUGCUGCCGAAACUUUGCAAUUAUCAAUUGGCAAUAUACAUUACAUCGGCAGAACAACUUCAAUCAAGUUUUACCUAUCGAAAAUCAAGACUUCUCAGAAAUCUUUUGCUUAACCAAGUUAUCUCCAAAAUAA